AUUUUAAUAAAAUAAAUAUAACAAAUCAUAUUUAAAAGAAAUUUCUAACAAAGCCCACCAAGAGUACAAAGUCAAACACGUGAAGCAGCAGCAGCAAAAAAAAAGAAAUUUUGUACUUUUAGAAAAAAGGGGGUUGAGCAGUGUAUAAGGGGUGAAGAAUCGCAAUUUGCUCAAGUCCCAUCUUAUGCAAAUCAUUAAGCAAAGAAAAGUCACUUCAUGGUAAAAGUGUGGAUAUAAAAAGAAAAUUUUGUAUAUAUUGUUGAAAGGGGAAGAGAGAGCAGGAAAAAGAGGAGUGAUCAAAGAAAUAUACUGUUUUUUUUUAUAUUCAAACAACAAUAAUAAUAAUGGCCUACAAAGACCGCAUACUCACGCCACAGCAAUUGAAGAAAUUGUCCGAACAUAAGUACUCAUGCAGCAGUUCAAGUUUAAUGGAUCCUUGGCUGCAGCCCUGGUGGAAUUGGUUGGUCUCCAAGACACCGCUAUGGUUGGCUCCAAAUCUUAUAACCAUAGUGGGUUUAAUCAUAAACAUAGUGACCACAUUAAUCUUAGUAGCUCACAGCCCAGAAGGCACUUCACCACCACCACGAUGGACUUGUUUACUUUGUGCCUUUGGUUUGUUUGUGUAUCAAAGUUUAGAUUCCAUAGAUGGCAAACAGGCUCGUCGUACAAAUACUUCCUCACCCUUGGGUGAAUUAUUUGAUCAUGGCUGCGAUUCCAUUUCCACUGUAUUCGUAGCUCUAUCAGCAUGCAUAUCUUGUCAAUUAGGCCAUUAUCCAAAUUGGUUAUUCUUCCAGUGCUUUUGUGCUAUAUCCUUAUUUUAUUGUGCUCAUUGGCAAACCUACGUUUCGGGCACUUUGAGAUUUGGCAAAAUUGAUGUAACUGAGGCACAAUUUACAAUUAUGGGUAUUCAUGUAAUCUCAUUUAUAUUCGGUCCAGAAUUUUGGAUGACUAAGCUACCAAUUGUUGGCUUUUAUAAAAAUUAUAUUAUUUUAUUGGGUAUAACCAUCUGUUAUUUUGUAAAUUUUACGAAUUUUUGCAAAAUGUUCCUACAUGGCGGCAGUGGCAAAAAUGGUUCCUCAGUUGCUGGUACUAGUGUAUUAUCGCCUAGUAUACCAUUGACUUUGGUAGUAUUGCCUGCAUUUAUAAUUGCUCAAAAAUCGCCGGAAAGUAUAUUCACAGAGCACCCGUCUCUGUACAUAGUAGCAUUCGGUAUGGUGGCCGCUAAAGUCACUAAUAAAUUAGUGAUUGCCCAUAUGACUAAGGCUGAAAUGGAAUAUUUGGAUUGGUCUCUAUUUGGUCCUGCAUUGCUGUUCCUGAAUCAAUAUUUCAAUUGUGUGGUGCCCGAAAUUUGGCUGCUUUGGUUUACUUUGAUCUGGGGUACCCAAGAUUUAAUCAGAUAUUGUUCUCAAGUGUGUUUGGAAAUCUGUGCUCAUUUACAUAUACAACUCUUCACCAUACCUUAUCCAUCUAAGGGUGCAGCUAGUAAAACCCAUGCCUCAAAAUCUGGCCAGACUAACAAUCAUGGCGCCAAGCCCAAGGCUGGUGUACAGACCGUCAACCAGGGCACCAAUCCCCCUCUGAAGCAUAAAAACAAAAAAUCUCUAACUAUUGUCAACAAUGAUCUGGGCGAAGAUUUGGAUGCACUUUGAGUGUUGUUAGAUGGUUCCUCCUUUCCUUUCUUUUUUAAAUAAUAAUUAUCAUAAUUAUUAUCAUUUUAAUUUUAGAAUUUAUCCUGAUUAUUUUUUUUUUUGCCUUUCUUUUUUGUAUAUUGUAUGUGUGAGUGUUUCAAUUAAAAGAAGUUUGCCGAAAACAAGAAAUCCAAAUAAUUUAAAUGAAAAUGAAUCAAAUAAUAGUAAUUUUUUUUAGCUUAGAAUUUAUUACAUAAUAAACAGAAAUGAUGAGCGUAAAAUAACAAAUCUUUAAUACAAGUUUAGUAUAUAUAUUUGUGCUACAAACUACAAACUAAAACAACAAAAACUUAAAGUAACAAAAUCGUUAUAUUUAAAAAAAAAACAAAUGAAAAUUAUUACAGCAUGGAAAACAUUUAUGUAAAAAAGAAAUAAUACAAUAAAACUGAAUUGUUUGUGAAA